ACGAAAUGUGUUUACAAUGGCGUUUCUGGUUGAGAAUGGUAGAAUAAGUUUGAAAAGUUUUCUGGGUGGUGCCUGCAUCGUUUUUGUGCCAUGGAUAUCGUAUUUAGGAACUAAUUUUGACUAUUUAUACACAUACUUUUGGUUCUUUCUGUUUUUACUGUAUGCAAUUUUGUACAAUGGCCUAUUGGUGCUGCUCAGCUACAUCACAACAGGUGGUAUCCACGGUAACUUCUACAAGGUGGCAGUACGAGGUGGCUUCCUUGGUCUGGUGUUUGGACUCGGGUGUCUUAUCAGCCUCUCUAACACCACCCUGACUCAUUUUGGGUGGUACCUGAUGGCGCUCAGCUUCUUCCACUUCUCUGAGUAUUUGACAACAGCAGCUACAAAUCCUUCCUCUCUCACCCUAGACUCGUACCUGUUGGACCACAGUCGCGAGUAUAAGUUGGCAGCAGUAGCUAGUUGGCUGGAGUUUUUUGUUGAAUGGUAUUUAGCACCAGGUUUAAAGCGGUAUUAUUAUGUAGCUGUCAUUGGUGUACUGCUAGUCCUGUUUGGAGAAUCUCUAAGGAAAGCCAGUAUGAUUACGGCUUCAACUAAUUUUAACCAUUAUGUCCAGUACGUCAAGAGACCAGGUCAUCAGCUGGUCACCAGGGGAGUGUACUCCUGGUGCCGACAUCCGUCCUACGUCGGCUGGUUUUAUUGGAGCAUAGGGACUCAGCUAAUAUUAGGAAAUCCAUUCUGCUUGAUAGCCUAUACAAUAGUGUCAUGGAGAUUUUUCCGAGAAAGAAUUUAUGAAGAGGAGAUAUAUCUUCUGAACUUUUUUGGUGAAGAUUAUUUAGACUACCAGAAAUCUGUGGGUACAGGUCUACCUUUCAUCACUGGCUACACGGGCUACUCAGCGCUGUAAUAUCUAGUCCAGUUUUAAUUCAGAAUUUGUCUCGAGAGUGCAUUUUAAUCUGUUUUACAAACAUGAAGAUAUGAGAUUCUUGGUGAUAACAUUUUCAUUCCUUUUUAUGUGUGUUUUAUAAUACAACUGCAUUAUUGCAUUUAACAUAAUACUAAGUCCAAGAACAGCAGUUAUGAACUGUUAGACACCAUUGUUCUGAGUGGAAAUGUCUGCUGGUAGAUAUUUAAUGUUUUUCUGCUCAUUGGCAUUUGUAAGAAUGAAAACUUUCUGAAAGUUGUCAGUCAUGAAUAUAAAUUGAAAUAUUUUUUAUGAACAAAUGAUGCAAUUUAUAUUUAUUAAAGGUGUAUUUU